CAGCACUCCUCUCUUUGACACGACGGCAGACCCCGCUACGACGCACGACCUCUCAGCUUCCCGUCAUGACCCUCACGCGCCGCGGACUGCAGAAACGAAAUCAGUCCGACUCCGUCCUGGCCCAACAUGACCGCCCUGACGAACAACACGACAAAGACACCAUCAAGACUGCUGACGAUUUGGAGGACAGGCUCGAGAUCAAGCUAGCCGACAAGCUCGCUGACAAGCUCGAAAAGAAGGGAAAGGUGGUCAAGCAGGAUGCACGACACUUCUAUGCUACCCGUCGCUUCCUCUUUCCCCUAGGCCUGAUCCUGGGUAUCCUCCUGGGCUUCAUAUUCGUGCAGCCCAGCGACUUUCAUGACUUCCAGACCCAUCUCGCUCUCCUCAUGGACGAGUUCGAGAUCACCAUGCCCGAGUUCCCCAACCUGGACCUGCCACAACUUGACCUCUCACGUGUUGAGCUCGAAUGGCAGAGGAUAUGGAGCAAUAUCCCGGAGCCAUGGAAGCUGAACACGAACGGUCUGGAGUUCACCGUGGGCGAGAAGAUCGCCGAGAGAGGUCUAUCCGCCAAGCACCCUGUCGUCCUCAUUCCCGGUAUCAUCUCUACCGGUUUGGAGUCAUGGGCCACCUCACCCGAUUACAGGGCGUUCUUCCGCAAGAAGGUCUGGGGAGGGUUCUCUAUGCUCUCCCAGGUCACCUUCAACCGCGACAAAUGGAUCGCUGCACUCAUGCUCGACCCCGUUACUGGUUUAGACCCACCUGGUGCAAAGGUCAGGGCUGCUGAGGGCAUUGACGCAGCGAGCAGCUUCAUACAGGGGUACUGGCUAUGGUCAAAGAUCGUCGAGAACCUUGCAGCUGUCAACUACGACACCAACAACCUACACUUGGCUCCGUACGACUGGCGGUUGUCGUACUACAACCUUGAGGAGCGGGAUGGGUACUUCUCGAAGCUCCGGGCGACUAUUGAAGGCUUCGUCAUGAAAUGGGUCGAGUCUCCGGAACACGGCAAGGGUGGCCCCGACUGGGUCGAGAACCACAUCGAAGCACUGAUCACUGUCGCCGGAACGCAUCUGGGACAGGCGAAAGCGAUGGCCGCGUUCCUCUCUGGGGAGAUGAAGGACACCGUACAGAUCAACCCGGCCGGCGCAUAUGUCCUCGAACGCUUCUUCUCUCGCAAGGAGCGCCAGAAGCUCUUCCGCAGCUGGGCGGGCAGCGCCAGCAUGUGGAUCAAGGGUGGCGACGACGUGUGGGGCAACGCGACGUGGGCGCCGGACGACCUCGACAACACGACGCACAGCCACGGCGCGCUCAUCUCGUUCCGCAACAACUCGGUCGGCAUCGACGGCGAGGACGGGCUGUUCAACAUGACGUCGACCGAGGCGGGUACGUGGAUCCUCGAGCGCACGCCCACAACGUUCCAAAAAAUGCUGGCGAGCAACUACUCGUUCGGGCUGGAGCGGGACGUGGAGAAGCUGAAGGCGAACAAUUUGGACUUCACGAAGUGGACGAAUCCGUUGGAGAUUCAGCUACCAUAUGCGCCCUCGAUGAAGAUGUACUGUGUGUACGGACACGGCAAAGAGACUGAGCGCUCCUACUGGUACACGCAGCAAGAAUACGAAUACGACGAAGUCCAGCCCGACCAGCCGCUCGCCGUCUGCACCGACAACGCCGACGCCUCCACCGGCGCCGACUGCGUCUCCCCGCGCACCCCACUCGACCUCCCCCUCGCGCGCAGCACGCACAUCGACGCCGAGUACACGGACGACGCGACGCGCCCGCGCAUCCUCAACGGGGUGAAGAUGGGCGAGGGCGACGGCACGGUGAGCCUGCUGAGCCUGGGCGCGAUGUGUGUCGAGGGCUGGAAGCGCGAGCGGUGGAACCCCGCGGGGAUCAAGGUCGUCACUGUCGAGCUACCGCAUAACCCGGUCGCGACGAUCCCGCGGGGCGGGGGGACGACGAGCGACCACGUGGACGUGCUGGGGUCGACUGCGCUGAACGAGAUCAUCCUGAAGGUCGCGACGGGCGCGGGGGACGAGGUGCGGGACUCGUAUGUGUCGAACAUCCGGGAGUACGCGCGGCGCAUCAAAUGGGACUAGACGCCGCUGGAGAAGUUGUAGGAGGGGUCGCGGCUGUGCCGGGACUCAAUGGAGCUCGUGUGUGGACGCCUCGGGGACAAGAGCCUGGGGAGAGGACCGAUAUUACAGUACUACUUGCAUAUAGAUGCGUCUGUUGUUCCCGUAGAUCGAACGCUCGUUUUAACGACUAUGUCACAUCCU